GGUUGUGUUCCAUGUUUAUCAUGCCUGAACUUGCUUUGAAAUGUUGCAAUCUGAAUUAACUACAAAUAGAUUAUUUGGUGCUGGUAACUUAGACUCUGCAACUUGGGGCACAUCUCGCAAUGAAUUUUAUUAGUCGCCUGGAAGUUAUUGUCCUAGCCAAUUAUGCCAACCAUAGAUGACAUUUUAGAGCACGUUGGGGAGUUUGACUUCUUCCAGAAACAAGCCUUUUGCUUUCUAUGCCUGCUGUCUGUUUCUUUUGCCCCCAUCUAUGUGGGGAUUGUUUUCCUGGGCUUCACCCCAGAUCACCGCUGCCUGAAUCCUGGAGUCUCAGAGCUAAGCAAACGAUGCGGCUGGAGUUUGGAAGAGGAGCUGAAUUAUACAGUGCCAGGCCUGGGUGUACCAGGAGAUGCUUUUACCAGCCAGUGCCGGAGAUACGAUGUGGACUGGAACCAAACAGCCCUUAGCUGCACAGACCCGUUAGCCAAUUUUACCGGCAACAGGAGCCACAUCCCUCUCACCACCUGUCAGGAUGGCUGGGUAUACGACACUCCAGGUUCCUCCAUUGUGACUGAGUUUGACCUGGUGUGUGCAGAUUCCUGGAAGGUGGACUUAUUCCAAUCCUGUGUAAAUGCGGGAUUCUUCCUCGGCUCUCUGGGAAUUGGCUAUGUAGCAGACAGGUUUGGUCGCAAAGUAUGUCUCUUACUUACAGUCUUCAUCAAUUCUCUCUCUGGAGUCCUCAUGGCCGUCUCACCCAACUACACGUCUAUGCUCAUUUUUCGUUUGAUUCAAGGAUUGGUUAGCAAGGGGAGCUGGGCCUCUGGAUACAUCUUGAUCACAGAAUUUGUUGGCGCAGCCUACAGAAGAACCGUGGGUAUUCUCUUCCAGAUGAAUUUUUCACUUGGCCUUGUGAUACUCACAGGAAUUGCUUAUGUUAUUCCCCACUGGCGAUGGUUACAACUGACUGUUACUCUACCGACCUUCCUGUUUUUACUCUACUACUGGUGUGUGCCCGAAUCUCCUCGGUGGCUGUUAUCACAGAAGAAAAAUGCCAAAGCAAUAAAGAUAAUGGACCACAUUGCUCAAAAGAAUGGGAAACAGUUACCCGCUAAUCUCAAGAGCCUCUCUCUUGAAGAAGAUGAUGAUACAGAAAAGCUGAGUCCUUCCUUCAACGACCUAUUCCGAACCCCCCAGAUAAGAAAACAUACUUUCAUUCUGAUGUACAUCUGGUUCUCAGCCUCUGUGCUGUAUCAGGGUCUCAUUAUGUACAUGGGGGCCACAUCGGUUAACCUUUACCUGGAUUUCUUCUACUCUGCUCUGGUCGAGUUCCCAGCUUCCCUGAUCAUCAUGUUCACCAUUGAUCGCGUUGGCCGCCGCUAUCCUUUGGCUACCUCAAAUUUUGUUGCAGCCGUAGUUUGCCUUGUCAUGAUAUUUAUCCCGGGUGAUAUACACUGGUUAAAAGUGACUUUGGCGUGUCUUGGCAGGAUGGGAAUUACUAUUACAAUUCAGAUGAUUUGUUUAGUGAAUGCAGAACUAUACCCCACAUUUGUUAGGAACCUUGGAGUGAUGGUCUGUUCUUCCUGGUGUGAUAUAGGUGGAAUGAUAACCCCUUUUAUUGUCUUCAGACUGACAGAAAUUUGGCACGAGUUACCCCUUAUUUUAUUUGCUGUGAUUGGCGUGGUUGCCAGUGGAAUGGUGUUGCUCCUACCAGAGACAAAGGGGAAGACAUUACCAGAGACCAUUGAAGAUGUUGAGAACCUGGGGAAAAGAAAGCCCAAAGAAAACAAAAUCUUCCUUCAGACAGGAAAAUCCAAGGAUAUGGACAUCUGAAAGAGAUGUGGCCUCAUUGGAAUGGUUUCUUGGUUCAAAGAAGAUUGACUAACCAUCAGAAAUGCACAAGAAGAAGCAUACAUUUCCUCUCAGUCUCGCUCCAUUGUUGCUACUCUGACACUUGCCCAUUGGGUUUUUGCUCAGCUCUCCAGAAAGCAGUGAUGGUUUUAAAAAUCAUUUCUGGUUUUGUUGGUGUUCUUCCACUAACCCAGUGAAAUCAUCCCUUACUUUUCACCUAUUUAUCUUUUUAAAAAAUCAAAAUCUUGUGGUUGUGAUCAUAACUUUAUUAUCAGUCAAUUAAUAAGCAUUUAUGUACUAGACAGUAGCUCUGUGAUCCAGGUAAGCCACUUAACUUCUCAGUAACUCUCUAAGACUAUAAAUUGCCAGAGGAAAUGACAAUCAGCAUUGGUAAGAAGAGUUGUUUUUUUCACACCUAUACCAAUGAUGAAAUCACAAAUCUAGUGCUUCUUCCUUCUUUCAAACCCUUCUAAAAAUGUAGAUAUUUUGAAAUAAAUGUGGUUAGAUUGUGAAAUUUUUUUUGGUAUGAAUAACUCAUAGUUAGAGGUAAUGGAGAUCAUGAUUCAGCAGUAAUAUGGUUCUCCGUUUCAGGAUAUAUAGUGGGAUUUUCUCUUUAAAAGUAUUUUGUCUUUCAGACUCUAAAUGACCCCUAAGGUUCCCUUCUAGCACUAAGUCUAUGAUCCUAAACAUAAAUCCCAUGGGUUACGUGAAGGAUAUUCAACUAUUUUGUUAAGUUUUAUAAGAACUGGGCAGAUCUUUUAUGCUGGGUCUUGCUUCUGGAUUUCUGAUCUUUGAUGAUUGUCUUUCUUUGUUAGAAAUAAACAUUUGACUCUCAAAA